AUGAAACUGCAGUUCAACAUCGAGAACACUACCCGACACCGGAUGGUCAGUAAGUUUCAUGAGGCGGGAGUUCGCGCCAUAUUUGCCGGCCAUUAUCACCGCAACGCCGGCGGUAAGUACGAGGACCUGGAGCUUGUGGUCACCUCUGCUAUCGGCGCCCAAUCACCGGAGGGACGCAAUGCCGACAGUGGGUAUCGGGUGGUGACCGUCAAUGAGACGGAUAUCACUCACCGAUACGUUAACAUCACAACCAGUCAUACAAACUCUGCGGGUUCCCCCGAUUUUGAGACACAAUUGCAGGCCUUUUACGAGCGAAACAAAUGCCACACUUUAAUGGCGUUUGACAUGAUAGCUGAGAUCCAGUGGAUGGUGGCCUACAUCGGGAACCACUGGUCGGACUGUCCGCUCGUGUUUUCACACCUGGACUUCAGAGGGGCUAACAUUAUGGUCACUGAACAUAAUGGACUCGUUUUGUGUGACUUUGAUUACUCCGCUUAUGGGAGUCGGGGAUCAGAUUUCGGCACAUUUUUCGCCACUUUUAUCACAACUACUCAUGGCUUUGGAAAUGGGUUUCCGUUGGAAUCGGUUAUCAAGAAAUUUAUCGGCGAUUAUGAGGACGAAUGCCGUCAACUGUAUGGACACGACUACGGUCUCAAAGAAUACAAUUCCGCCGAUUAUAUGCUAAAUGAAUGCAAAUUCUUUGUUUUGGUUUACUUUCUGUUCAGUCUAUCAGUGUUUAGCGAUGAAAAGAGUAGAGAGGAAAGCCGUUUGGGUGACAACACUUGUGCUAUGAUUAUGCAAUCAAUACUAUGUGAUUUGUUGAAAUACCCGGCCUCCCUGUGCUCUAACCAUUAG